CAGGAUUAAUCUUUAUUAAUGGUAUAACCAAAAAGCCACCAGAAAACAAUUUGUUUAAUUCUUCUCCUGAAAUUCCACCUCCUAUUCCAGCUCGUACAUUUGAAACCAUCUCACCAUCAAAUAAUCUUUUGAUGGAGCUUUCUAAUGUAGACUUCCAAGCACCAGCAGUUGGUCAAAGGUUAGAAACUGUUAACUUUGAUAACACAGGAGACUUUAACCCAAGAGGUGAUCCUGUUACAGUUAAUGGAAGUAUCCAUGUUCAAAAUGGAAAAACACCAGUGUUAUCCGAUGACUCUGAGAAAGGUAAAGAUAUUUUUGGAGCAGAGCCAUUUAUUCCUUCAAGAACGACAGUGAUGGCUGAAGACCCAUUUGGAAUGGGGAAUUUCAGUUCUUUCAAUAUAAAACCCCAAGAAUUGGAAAGUGCUAUAGGAGCUAUUGAUAAAAAGCUAUCGGAAAUGAAGGAUGGCUUCAGCCUUGGACUUUCCUUUGGAAAUGAAGAUUUCUCUUUGGAAACUUUGGACCCUUUAAAUAACAAGACAUCCUAAUUUUUCAAUCUAUAUCAAAAUAAUUUUACAAGAUAAAAACAUCUGGGCUCUAGAUGCAAUGAGGAACAUCAUAAAAGAAAUGCCAGAUUAAUAUAAUUAACAUUAUGGGAUGAUAACAAAUGAUGAUCUUUUUACACUGAAAGAAAAAUAGUAGUAUUGUCAUGUUUCAAUGACAAAAAAAAAGAUCUAUGGUGAUUAUUUGUACUUACUCAACAUGUGAAAUGUUUUGUACUCUUGUGUAAAAAAACAGUAACUUUUAAACUAUAUCAAACAACUUGUUUUUUAAUCAAGUUGAGAAGUGUACAAAAUUUGGCAUUUUAUUAAUAAUAAAAGACCAAGUCUUUUUUUUUGUGUUCAUUCAAACCUGUGGAAAUCAUAAUAUAUGUUUUUAUCCAAAUGGAUGUUUAGUGUCAAAUCAUUAAAAUCCUAAGUUUAAUAUAGUCUAAUACCUAACAGUAUGAAUAAAUAACUGGUUUUAUUAAGAAACUAUUCAAUAGAUGAAGCUUUAUAAUAAAUUUUUAAAGCUUUACAAGUGUUGUUUUUUUUAAUAUAUGCAUAAAAUAAUUAUUUUAAAAUAUUUCUAAAGGUUUUCAGUAGGGAAGACUUAUUUAAUACAUCAACAUUUCUACCCAUAAAAAUGGACCAUAAGAUUAUUUUCCUGCUGUAAAGCCAUUUAUUGUAUUUCAGUAAUUUCAAAAUUUUUUAUACAUAUUUUUUUAAAUUGAUAAGAAAUUUGUACUCAAAACACAAAAAGCAGUAUUUGCACAAAAUCUACUUUGUUUCAUUUACUACAUCCUAAAUCUUAUGAAUAGUAUAACUUUAAAUGGAUCGACAUCCAGUUUUCAUAUACUGUUAAGUUACAGUGAUAAAUUAGAGGACAAUGUGUAUGUGGACUUGAACAGAUGCUUUAGGGAAUUUUAAUUCAUCACACAAAAAUAAGUACACUUUGGUAAUAUAAACAUAAAAACCAAUAUGAUAGCCAUUUUUAACUGUAACUUUGCUUUACUGUGUUCUUUAUGUUAAUGAUCAGAAAUAAUUAAUAUUACAUAAAUAUUUCUAUUCUAUAGUUACAGUACUUUCUGUUGUGAUUCACAGUUGUCUGUGGUAUUUCUCUAAGCUUGUAGUUUAGACGACUUGUACAGAUGAUCAUUCUAACACUAUCACAUGUAAUUAGUUACUUUUCUUUAAAUUUUAUUUCUGUACUUGUACAGCUAUGUAUUUUACUUGUAGCUAAUCAUACAGAUGAUCCAUUCAAUUAAAACAUUACUGGUAUAAUACUGGGUGUAGAAAAUUACUUCACUGAAACCUCAUUUAUUAUAAAUAAUAGUUUGUGCUUAAGCUUUUAAGAAAAAUUAGGCUUAUAGUUUUUGUGGUCACACUAAUUUCUUAUGUCAGUUGUUGGAUAAUAAUGAUUGCUUAUUGAAUGGUUGAAAUACAUACAUUUUUUUUUUAGUAUUUUGAUAGCCAGGACAACAUGAUACUUUGAGAUUUUUAAUCAGACAAACAAUGUAUUAAAUUUUAUUGUUCAAGGGAUAUUUGUAUUCUAAAAAUACUUCUGAUUGUUUAUUUCACACACAUAUUUUUUUCUUGAAAAUUUUGACACUGUUUUUACAUUGCCAAGUCUUUCAAAUAAUACAAGUUGAAUAGAAGCUGUCAAACAUAGAUGUGGUAUAUAGAUGUUUUUAUAAUAUGAAAUGGAUGAUUGAAUAUAUAUAUAUCGAUCUUUAAUGACUCCUAAGAAAAGAUGAAAUCUAUUUUAUACCAUACGUAUGGGUAGGAGUGGCUUUUUUUUUAUGAUCUGUUAACUAAUUAAAUUGAGCUUGUAAAAAAAUAAAGUAUAAUUUCACA